AUGUUAUCCAGCAAAGAUGAUCGCAUCGUGUAUACGCAUGAUGCAGAAAAGCUCUGGAUUGAGCCUUGGGGAGAGAACUCCGUGCGAAUCCGUUCGACCAUGAUGUCGACUAUGCCCGAAGAAAACUGGGCUCUGCUAGAACCGCCAAAAAGGAAACCUCAAGUCGACGUCGAAGACGCUUCUGCUAUACUGAUCAAUGGGAGAAUCAAAGUCAGCAUCACGAAAAGGGGCAAAAUAACUGUCUGGAACAGCAAAGGGAAGCUAUUGCUGGAAGAAUAUGCUCGCAAUCGUCGCGAUAUCACUGAUCCAAAGUGCUCUGCGUUAGAAGUGGAAGGCCGAGAGUUCAAGCCCAAUCACGGAGGAGACUACCGUCUCACGGCGCGUUUCGAGAGUCUCGACCCAAAAGAGAAGAUAUAUGGCAUGGGCCAGUAUCAGCAGCCUUUCUUGGACAUCAAAGGAACUCAGCUGGAGCUCGCGCAUCGCAACAGUCAAGCUAGCGUUCCCUUCGCUGUUUCGUCGCUCGGUUACGGUCUGUUGUGGAACAACCCUUCCAUCGGCAAUGCUGUAUUUGGCAAGAAUGUCAUGAGCUUUGAAGCACUUUCCACCAAGGCUCUAGACUAUUGGGUAGUCGCUGGCGAUACACCUGCGCAAAUAGUCGAAGAGUAUGCUUCUGCGACUGGAAAAGUGCCCAUGAUGCCAGAGUAUGGCCUGGGCUUUUGGCAGUGCAAGUUACGUUACCAGACUCAGGAGGAGCUUCUGAAGAUAGCUCGAGAAUACAAACGCCGAGAGCUGCCUAUUGACCUGAUCGUUGUUGACUUCUUCCACUGGCCCACGCAAGGAGACUGGAGAUUUGAUGAGACAUAUUGGCCAGACGCCGACGCCAUGGUGAAAGAGCUGAAGGACAUGGGCAUUGAGCUCAUGGUCUCGAUUUGGCCGACAGUUGACAAGAGAUCGGAGAAUUUCAGCGAAAUGCUUGAGAACGGCUAUCUCAUCAGGACUGAGCGAGGCGUUCGAAUCGCUAUGACUUUCCAAGGAAGUACAAUCCAUUUUGACCCAACAAAUCCAGGUUCGCGCGACUACGUUUGGAACAAGGCGAAGAAGAAUUACUACUCUAAAGGCAUUAAGGUAUUCUGGCUAGAUGAAGCUGAACCCGAAUACCGCGUAUACGACUUCGAGAAUUACCGCUACCAUUUGGGACCCAAUGUUGCCAUUGGCAACAUCUACCCGCGGGAAUACGCGAGAACGUUUUACGAAGGAAUGGCCAAUGAAGGACAGAAGAACAUAGUCAACUUGCUACGAUGCGCAUGGGCUGGCUCUCAGAAGUAUGGUGCGCUUGUCUGGUCUGGCGACAUAGCAUCUUCAUGGUCAUCCUUCCGCGAUCAGCUUGCCGCCGGUCUGAACAUGGGCAUGGCUGGACUGCCUUGGUGGACAACCGAUAUUGGCGGAUUCCAUGGAGGUGACCCUAACGAUGAAAAGUUUCGUGAGCUGUUUGUGAGAUGGUUCCAGUGGGGUACAUUUUGUCCAGUCAUGCGCCUUCAUGGUGAUCGUGAGCCACGGCAGAAGCAAGUUGGAACGACAGGAGGAGCGACGUGCCGUAGCGGCGCCGACAACGAAGUGUGGUCAUACGGGCCCGAGGUGUAUGAGAUCUGCAAGAAGUACAUGAAAGUUCGUGAAGAUAUGCGGUCUUACACACGCAAGUUGAUGACAGAGGCCCAUGAGAAAGGAUCACCGGUCAUGAGAACACUGUUCUACGAGUUUCCAGAAGAUGCACAAUGCUGGGAGGUUGAGGAACAGUACAUGUACGGAGAUAAGUAUAUGUGUUGUCCUGUUCUAAAGGAAGGACAAACGAGAUUAAACGUGUACUUCCCAAAGGUGCCCGGGGCUAAAUGGAAGGCUCUUGAGGGAGAUGGGACUUGGGAAGGGGGCAAAUCUGCGACCGUUGAGUGUCCUUUGGAGAUGAUGCCAGUCUUCGUACGUACCUAGAUACAGUAAGAUGCGGCACCGCCUCCGAAGUUACUUUCGCUGCGUGGGGAAAAGCUGAGAUCCGUGC